AUGCUCUCCCAGAGCGUGCUCUCGCUGCAGGUGGACGAGCUCAACGGACCCGCCCUCCAGCUCUACCGCGGGCUCGGCUACGAGGUGGUCGGCAGGGAGCGCGCGUCCACCACGCCGUCGAGGUAUCGCCUCGUCUCGAAGCUACUGCUCGGCGGUGUGCGGGAGCGGACCUUGCUCGUGCUGCAGAAGCCGCGGCCGCCCGCUGCGGCCGAGGCGGCGGAGCCGGAGGCUCGUCCCGAAUCCAGCCCCAUCAGUCCUAUGGCGGCAGCCGCCCGCAAGCGCGCCCGCACCGGCGGCGGCGGCGAGGAGGACGAGGAGCCCGUGCCGGUCGCGGGUGGCUUCGAGGCGCCCAUCUUUGGCGCGCGCGUGUAUGGCCAGGUGACCACGCUCACGCUCGAGGGCGAGGACGGCCCUCUAUCGCUCGGUCCGGUUGGCGUCGCGAGCGACCACGCGGGCGCCUGGUACGUCGCGACGAAGGACUCGCUGCUGCACGUCUCGGCGGCCGGGCGCGUGCGCCGCGUGGCAGCCUUGCCGGCAAGCAACGUCUUCAACAGCAUUGCUGUCAGCCCGGACAGGAGCGCGGCGUUUGUGGCGGACUACAGCAACCACAAGAUCCGGCGGGUGGAGGUGGCGACGGGCGAGGUGACCACGCUUGCGGGAAGCGGCGGCGAGGGCGAGGCCGAUGGCGUGGGCGAUGCGGCGGAGUUCUGCGGCCCAACUGCCAUCACCAUCAACCCAGGCGGCGGCGCGCUGUUUGUGGCGGACCAAGACAACCACAAGAUCCGGCGGGUUGAGGUGACUACGGGCGAGGUGACGAGUAUCGCGGGCAGCGGCGAGCCUGGCGACGCGGACGGCGUGGGCGAUGCGGCGGAGUUCUGCGGCCCACGCGGCCUUGCCAUCAGCCCAGACGGCGGCGCGCUGUUUGUGGCGGACCAAGGCAACGACAAGAUCCGGCGGGUGGAGGUGACGACAGGAGAGGUGACGACGGUCGCUGGAAGCGUCAACGAGGACGAGGGGGGCAACGCUGAUGGCGUGGGCGACGCGGCGCAGAUCGACGGCCCAUCUGGCAUCGCCAUCAGCCCAGACGGCGGCGCGCUGUUUGUGGCGGACUUAGGCAACAACAAGAUCCGGCGGGUUGAGGUGGCGACGGGCGCGGUGACGACGAUCGCGGGCAGUGGCAACGAGGGCAGCACUGACGGCGUGGGCGACGCAGCGGAGUUCAACGAACCACUCGAAAUCGCCAUCAGCGCCGGCGGGAGCACUCUUCUGGUCCGCACAAAGUUUACGGUUGGUUCGAGAGGUGGCCUCCGCCAGGUCUGCCUGGUUGCGCCUACUCCGCCUCCCUCCUUUGCCCCGAUCGUCGUUCCGCCCUCCACCUUCUCCGCCGACAUGGCGAAGACGUGGGGCGACGCCUCCCUCCCGCAGGGCAUGGUCACCUUCCUGGUCGGCGACGACGAGGAGCGCAUCGAGCACGUGAGCAAGUGCAACCUCUGCGCCCGGUCCGUUGUCUUUCGGACCAUGUUUGGCAUCGGCAUGAAGGAGCGCGACGCCGCCGAGGUCACGGUGUCCCACACCGACCUCGCCAGCUUCACUGCCCUUGUCCGCUACCUCCUCACCGACAACUUCGACCUCGGCGAGGAGGAGGGCGGCAGGGCGCAGCGCGCGCUCGACCUGCGGGAGCUGGCGCAGAUGUACCAGGUGCCGCGCCUCGAGCUGCUCUGCGCGCAGGCGCUGCAGGAGAGCGUCGCGCCGGCGACCGCCGUGCCGCUGCUCGAGGCGGCGCACACGACGGGCGACGGGCGGCUCCUCGCGCAGUGCCGCCGCUACGUGGCCGACCACGCCGCCGAGGUGCGGGCGAGCGGCGGCGUGGAGCAGCUGCGUGACCUGGGCGUGGCCAAGGGGCUGCUCGGCGACGCGCUCGACCAGGUGGCGGAGCUGAAGGGCGCGAUGCGCGCGCUCCGCGUCGCGGAGAGCUGA